AUGGCCAAACGCCUCACUCUCGCCGAACAACUCGCCCAGAUCUCGCAGCCGGCACCACAGGACUACGACCCAGAGGAGGCGUACGCAACCUAUGCGGACAACCGGACUUCAGCGGAUGCAGCGGACGCGGCGAGGGCAGAGUUUGUCGACGUUGGCGUGAGCAAGUUGCGCAAGAAGGGCGAAGCGGUCCUCGACCCAAAAUACGAGGGAAAGAAGGGCAGUCGUGCUGCUCUGUAUGCCGACACGGACGACGAGGACGAAGGAGAAGAGGAGGACCACGGCAUGAACGGCUUCGACGAGGAAGAAGACGAGGAUGAGGACGAGAUGGGCGACUUUGAGGAUCUCGAGGCGAAUGGAGCGGGCAGCGAUGACGAGUCGAUCGACUCUGACGGUUUCGAUGGCGAAGGGGGUGAUGAGGACGCGGAGACGGAGGACGAGGCGCCAGCACGACCGGCGCGCAAGGUCGAGUCCCGGACGAAGCAGCAGGACGAGCGGUCGAUGGUCUCGCAGCUGAAGCAGGCGGCGACAGCGGACGUCGAGAAGGGUCGGGACGUCAAGAAGCAGCUCGCCUUCUGCGACUCGCUUCUCGAGUCCCGCAUCAAGCUGCAAAAGGCGGUCGGUGCCGCCAACCUCCUUCCCCAACCUGCUCAAGCGAAGCAGUUCUUUGACUCGCUCGGCGAAGAGGUUGGCGAUGUGUUGGACGAGGUCAAGGAGUUGAGCGAGGAGCUCUUCCAGCUGCGACAGACUCUCCUUGCGACGAACGAGAAGAUCGAGCUGCCGAGCGACUUUGGCGCGUCGCGCAAGCGCAAACGCACGUCUGACUUUGACGCCGACUUCCUCGACUUGACGCUCGCCGAUCUCAAGACGCUGGAGGACACCUUCGACCCCUUCCUCCGCUCAACCGUCACCAAGUGGUCCGACAAGGUUCUCGCCGCCUCGGGUCUCGCCUUGAAGGGCGUCGACAAGAAGUUCAAAGCGGUCAACCAGAACGCGAUGGCGCAGAUCGACCACGCGAUGAGCGGCGCGGGCGAGCGGGAGCGAUUGAUUCGGCGGACGAGGAUUAGGAGGGGCGAGGGGAAGGUUGUGGGUGCGCCGGACCAGAAACUCGAGGAGAAGGAGCUGGAGGGAGAGAAGAAGGCUAAGAAGGAGGUGGAUGCGGAGUGCUUCGACGACUCGGACUUUUACCAGCAGUUACUGCGCGAUGUCGUCGAGUCGCGCAUGCUUGACCUUGACGACGCGACGAUGAACCAGCUGCGACAAGCGACUGCGCUCGCGCGGGGGAAGAAGGUCAAGAAGGUGGUCGACACUCGCGCUUCCAAGGGUCGCAAGAUCCGUUACCACGUCCACGAGAAGAUCCAGAACUUCAUGAUUCCCAUCGAAGCAGCUUCCUGGCACGACGAGCAAACCGACGAGCUUUUCGCCGGCCUCCUCGGACGCUCAUUCCCUCAAGCAGCGAACGGCGAGCAUGCACCGGAGACUGCACUCGACCCUGCGCUCGACGACGUCCCGAACCAGCAGCCUGGCGAGAUCGAGGUUGGGAACCUGCGGUUGUUUGGGUAG